ACCCAAAAUGUGUCGUUAACCCCUUCUCCUUCCUUCCUCUUCCAGUCUUCCUCUUCUCUCCACCACCACCAUUCCUCCCCCCUUCUCCCCUCCUCCCCGCGACGCGAAGGCGACCACCACGCCCAUGCCCUCCGUUCCUCGCGGCGGCGCGACCGCGACCACCACCACCAGCAGCAGCAGCUAGCCCCAUGGCCAAGUCGACGCCCGCUGCGGCGGCGGCGGCGCCCGAGGAGGCGACGGCGGCGGCGCUGCGCCUCCGCCUGCGCCGCCUCGUGGCCGCCGUGACAGCCGGCGGCGUCGGAGGGGGGGAGGCCUUCGACGAGGCGGCGUCGGCGCUCGCGGCGCUGAGAGACGCGGAGCUGGGGCCACCGCCGAAGGACCGCCCCGGGGCCGGGGCGGAGAGGAGGAGGAGUGGGCACGCGGAGGCGGCGGCCGUGCCGGAGCAGUUCCUCUGCCCUAUCUCGUCGGAGAUCAUGCGGGACCCCGUCGUGCUCGCGUCCGGCCAGACAUAUGAUCGCCGCUUUAUUCAAGAAUGGUUAAGUGCUGGAAACAGGACAUGCCCACAGACUCAGCAAGUCCUCUCUAAUACAAUUCUCAUCCCAAAUCACCUUGUUAGAAGCAUGAUUGCACAGUGGUGUACAGAGAAUGGAAUUGCUCUUUCGCCACUUGAGAAUCAAGAGGAAGAUUUAGUUACCAACAAUGAGCGGAAGUCAUUCAGUGAAUUAUUUGACAGGAUCUCAUCCUCGUCAAACAUAUCUGAGAAGAGGCAAGCUAUUAAAGAUCUUCGACUGCUAACUAAGCGCAAUAGCUCAUUCCGAGCAGUCAUUGGAGAGAAUCCAGAUUCCAUCUCACAAAUGAUUUCUGCUGUCUCCAAUCCAGAACUGGAAAGCAAUUCUGAAGUUCUAGAGGACACAGUGACAACAAUUCUAAAUCUUUCAAUUCAUGAGAGCAACAAGAAAAUCAUUGGAGAUGACACAAAGGCAAUCACAUUCCUCAUAAGUGCCUUACAGUCAGGAACCAUGGAGGCCCGCAGCAAUGCUGCAGCUGCCAUCUUCAGUUUGUCUGCCCUUGAUAGCAAUAAGGCGAAGAUUGGUGAGUCAGGUGCAAUGAGGCCUCUGGUUGAUCUUCUUGAACACGGGAGCAUGACAGCGAAGAAAGAUGCAGCAUCAGCUAUUUUUAGUCUUUGCAAGUUGCAUGAGAAUAAAUCAAGAGCCACAAAAAGCGGAGUUAUUGACGUGGUGCUGAAGGCGAUCAGCGAUGAGUCACUCACUGAUGAGUCGCUGACUAUCCUUGCUCUGCUAUCAAGCGACCAUGAGACGGUGGAGGAGAUCGGCGAGACUGGUGGCGUGCCUUGCAUGCUCCACAUCAUAAAGGAUGACCAAUGCAAACGUAACAAAGAGAAUGCGGUGGCAGUGCUCUUCUCUAUCUGUAUGUACGACCGCACGAAACUUAGGGAGGUCGUCGAGGAUGAGAACCUGAAUGGCUCUCUGGCCUGGCUCGCACAGAAUGGCACUUCGAGGGCGCGGAGGAAGGCUGCUGGUAUCCUUGACAAGCUAAAGAGGACAAUUCACAAAACGCACUACUCCUGUUAGUCCGGGGCUGGGUGCGUCGGAUAUGUAACUAGACGAAUAAGGUUGGGGGUGUUCAUUUGGUGUAUAUAUUGAGCUGCAUAUAUGUCUACUCUUUGGUUCGGUACAUAAGUUUACAGUUUUCAGAGUAAGUAGUGGAAGGUGUUGUCUUUCCAGAGUGAAAGUUCUUCCCCGUUCUUCUGACUUUUGCAGUCCCGGUCACUUGUUACUGCAGGUCUUUUCUACCUGAUCAUGAAGUCUGAAGCACAUUUUGUGCUAUGAAUUUUGCUCAAAUCAGAUUGAUUUUCUACCUCUA